AUGGCGCCCUCUUUCAUCCCCGACUCCCUAGGAGAUAGGGCCGACUACACAUACGAAGCGACCCAGUUGUCGCAGCAACACUACACCCAGACCCAAAAUACCCAGGGCACAGCCAACAGCCAGGUCGAACCGCGUCGGAAAUACUGGGCCGUCUUGAUACCCACCAAUCCCGACCAUUGUAUCCUCAAGAUCCCAUGGACGCGCUCGCACCUGCAGAUAGGCCGCGCCCACGGGAUAGCUCGGAACGAUAUCAUCUUGAACGAAAAGCGGAUUUCUGGGGCGCAUUGCCGGAUCACGCUUGGUAUGCAAGGGGAGAACGGGGCGUCUUCGUCGGUGAUUCAGCGGUGGAAGGAGGGGGAUGGGGAGCCAGAUGUCUGGAUCGAGGAUCUGGGGAGUAGUAAUGGGUCAUUUGUGAAUGGCGAGAGGGUGAAGCCGAGACGGCUCCUGCAGCACGGCGACGAACUAUCGCUAGGACAUGCGGCGACGCUGGACAAUCACGAUGUGAGGUAUAUCUACCGAUCGGUCGGGAGGCGCGGGGCGAGGACUGGGGGAAGCUUGAUAGUAGGGGAGGUGUAUGAGCGAUACCAGAUACUGGAUCCAUUGGGCAAGGGGUCUUUUGCCGAGGUCCGUAAAGCCGUCGAUGUGGAGACUGGGGAUUUGCGAGCUAUCAAGCAAAUCGUCAAGCAUCGCUUCCGAGGAAACGAGAAGACGAUGCUACUAUUUCAGCGCGAGAUAGACAUCUGUCAACGACUACAACAUGAAAACAUCUGCCGCUUGAUAGAAUGGUUCGAGGAUCCACAGCACAUCAACCUCGUCCUGGAGUACGUGGACGGAGGGGACAUGCUCGACCACAUUAUGAAGCACCCGGGCGGUGGUGGACUAUCGGAGGAGUACGCCGCGAAUCUGACAUACCAGAUCUGCAGCGCUAUGGCGUAUACACACGCCAUGGGAGUAACGCAUCGUGAUAUAAAGCCGGAAAACAUUCUCCUGACCUUGAGAACUGCGGAUAGUCCGCCAAUCGUCAAGGUUGCAGAUUUCGGCUUGGCCAAGAUGGCGGAGGCGGGAACGGUGCUCAAGACGAUGGUCGGCACGCCGCAGUAUCUUGCGCCGGAGAUUGUUAUGCAGUCCAAGUCAAAGCCGGGAUAUGAGAACAAGGUGGAUUCUUGGUCGGUCGGGAUCGUGGUGUUUAGCAUGUUGACCAAGGCAUUGCCGUUUGAUGAGGAGGCUGAGCUGCCAGUAGAAGCACGGAUCAGAUCGCGCUUCGAUCAGCCAUUCGAUUCGAGCCUGCUCAGCGAAAUGGGAAUCAGCGAUGAUGGGAUCGACUUUAUAAAGGGACUGCUCAACAAGUCGCCCGAGGAACGAUUCAGCAUGCGCCAGGCGCUGGAGCAUCCAUGGCUCGCCCAGGCGGCUCGGGUCGAGCACUCGCCCAACCGGCUCGGCGGCGAUUCGGUCUGGAGCAUCGAGUCGUUUGAUCCGAAUCAGCAGCGGUCGGAGGUGGACGAGGAGGAAGACGCGGAGAGGUGGAGUCGGCCCAUGACUGCCUCGGGGACCAAUUUCGAGAGUGAUAUUCCGUCCGACAGGAGUUUCUCCCAGCCGAUGGGGAAUCUCAAGCUCAACACACCACGGCGGCUCGCGGGUGUCAGAUCGCUCCCCUCGCCCCCACUUACGGCCGAGCGGGAGGAGGCGGAGGAGGAGAAGGAGGCGGAAGACGCAGAGGAGGCAGAAGAGGCAGAAGACGCGGUAGAGGUAGAGGUGGAAGAAGUUGAGACGAGUAAGAGAAAGACGAAUGGGUCCAGCGAGAGUGCGGGAGGACCCAAGAAGAAGAGGCUAGCUUAG